AUGAGUGGCGCGGUUUUGCUCCUACUAGUGCCGACCUCGUUUAUCCUUGGUACACUGAUAGUUCAUCAAUCAUACCAAUCUUCGCCGAAUUUUCUUCCUAAUAGAUGGAAAUUCAACGCUAUACCUGUUCGGGUGACCAGUCCGGUCAAUGUCGAAUUCUUCGUUAUGUCAAAGUGUCCUGAUGCCAAGAAAUGCGAAACAUUAUUUUCUCCAAGUCUAUUGAAACUUUCAUCGAUUGUCAAUUUCACUCUCUCAUUUAUUGCUUAUGAAUCGCCAUGGAAUCAAAUUCAAUGCAUGCAUGGUCUAGAUGAAUGCACGGGUAAUAGGCAACAAUUAUGCGUACAAGAUAUGUAUUCCCAAGCAGUAUUUAUUCGAUAUCUUCAAUGCCAAACGAGAGAAUUUUAUGCGAUACCACGCAACGGUGCACAAUGCGCGAAUGAAUCGUCGAGAAAUGUUAUCAAUUGGAGAGACGUUGAAUCGUGUGUGACAUCGGAAAAGUCGAAUGAACUAUUUCAUCGAUCGCUUGAACGAACACGCUUAGCAUCAGCAAGAAAAUCAUGUACGAUUCAUUUGAAUGAAUUUCAUAUAAUUUUAUUUCCUCUGGGUUUUUCUGUUGUAUAUAACAAGCGAGGUGAGCAACCCGAUAAUCUAUUAGCAUAUGUGUUCACACGAGUGUUUACGCGAAUAUUGAUAAUCGCGAAAAUACCUAAUUGA